GCGGCCUCCCCCACCUCGGCGGCCUCCUCGCCACACUCGGCGGCCGCCGCACCCACUGCGGAGCCGGGCGACCCGGCCUCGGGCAGCAGCAACAAGAGGAAGCGCGACAACAAGGCCAGCACGUACGGACUCAACUACAGCCUGCUGCAGCCCAUCGGGGGGCGGGCCGCUGGGGGCGGCCGGGCCGACAGCGGCGGGGGCGUGUACAGCGGGACCCCGUGGAAGCGGCGGAACUACAACCAGGGCGUAGUGGGCCUGCAUGAAGAAAUCAGUGAUUUUUAUGAGUACAUGUCUCCGAGACCAGAGGAGGAAAAGAUGCGGAUGGAGGUGGUUAACAGAAUCGAGAGUGUGAUCAAGGAGCUCUGGCCCAGCGCCGACGUACAGAUAUUUGGAAGUUUUAAAACUGGCCUGUAUUUACCAACUAGUGACAUUGAUCUUGUGGUAUUUGGAAAAUGGGAGAAUCUUCCUCUCUGGACCUUGGAAGAAGCUCUUCGGAAACAUAAAGUUGCAGAUGAGGAUUCUGUGAAAGUUCUAGACAAAGCAACUGUACCUAUUAUUAAAUUAACAGAUUCUUUUACUGAAGUGAAAGUUGAUAUCAGCUUUAAUGUACAAAAUGGUGUGAGAGCAGCAGACCUCAUCAAAGAUUUUACCAAGAAAUACCCUGUGUUACCAUACCUGGUUUUAGUAUUGAAACAGUUCUUACUACAGAGGGACCUUAAUGAAGUAUUUACAGGUGGAAUUGGUUCUUAUAGUCUCUUCUUAAUGGCUGUCAGUUUCCUUCAGUUACAUCCUAGGGAAGAUGCUUGCAUCCCCAAUACAAACUAUGGUGUUCUCUUAAUAGAAUUUUUUGAAUUAUAUGGACGACACUUCAAUUAUUUAAAGACUGGCAUCCGGAUAAAAGAUGGGGGUUCAUAUGUGGCCAAAGAUGAAGUACAGAAAAAUAUGCUAGAUGGCUACAGGCCAUCAAUGCUUUAUAUUGAAGAUCCUUUACAACCAGGUAACGAUGUUGGAAGGAGCUCAUAUGGGGCCAUGCAAGUGAAACAGGCCUUUGAUUAUGCCUAUGUUGUUUUGAGUCAUGCUGUAUCACCAAUAGCAAAGUACUAUCCCAACAAUGAAACAGAAAGCAUAUUAGGUAGAAUAAUUAGAGUAACCGAUGAAGUCGCCACAUACAGAGAUUGGAUCUCAAAGCAGUGGGGCUUGCAGAAUAGGCCCGAGCCUUCAUGCAAUGGAAAUGGUGUUACCUUGAUAGUAGAUACUCAGCAGUUAGAUAAAUGUAAUAAUAAUCUGUCAGAAGAAAAUGAAGCCCUUGGGAAAUGUAGAAGCCAGACUUCGGAAUCUCUUAGUAAACACUCUUCAAACUCUUCAUCAGGGCCAGUGUCUUCCUCCUCUGCCACACAGUCCAGCUCUAGUGACGUAGAUUCUGAUGCAACACCGUGCAAAACCUCAAAACAGCUGCUGUGCCGUCCAUGCCCUGGAAGCCGAGUGGGGUCGCAGGACGUGGCUCUGGAGUCCUCUCAGGCAGCUGGGAAAACGCAGGGCCCCCAAGCCACUAACAUAUCCAGCAGCACCAACAAAUCUCAGCAUGGAUCAGCAAGGCUGUUUCGUUCUUCCAGCAAAGGCUUCCAAGGUACAACUCAAACAAGCCAUGGUUCCUUGAUGACAAACAAACAGCAUCAAGGCAAAUCCAAUAAUCAGUAUUAUCAUGGCAAAAAGAGGAAACACAAGCGGGAUGCCCCUCUUUCAGAUCUCUGUAGAUAGUCGGCAUUGUACGAUGGACUGUCUUCUGUGUGCAAUGAUCUCAUGCUCAGGACAGUUGGAUAGGGACUCCUGGGAGACGUGCAGGAGCCUUACACUGUUCAGAUGUUGAUUUAGCAACUGCGUUGUUUCCCAGCUCGCCACGGAAUGGAUCAUGAAGACUGACAAUUACAAAAGCAAAAAACAA